AUGUCGCACUUGGCUCUGCCAAUAGGCGUGUUCGGCGUCGGCGUGGCUCUGGGUGCAGUAGGAGCUUCCGCAAUUCAACGGAAUGAAAUGAAGCGAAAGGAAAAGGCGAUGGUCUCUGCGGUUGCGGCAAGUGAAGCAACUUCAAACUCGCCCGACACAGCGCUUCAGCUUGCGAGGCGAAGUUGGUGGGGUGCCAGUGGUGAGUAGGACAAGCCGCAGAGGCAAAGAGGCGAGCGCGCACAAGCUGACCGUUCUUUGUGCGCGGUCAUGAGCAGCACCCACUUCAGAUUUGCUGUUCCACGCUGCUUACGUCUCGGCCUACGAUCGACGACUGCGACAUCCCAGCUGGACAGCAGAGCACUUGACCGCGACCUCCAUUCAGCGCCCUCCCGUCGUACCGGGAACACCACCAACCGGCUCUCCCGAUCGGUCGCGCUCGGUGUUCAAGGAAGACCCUCGCAUUCCUCUUCCGUUCCGUGCUCGCAUGGCAGAUUACUUCAGAUCAGGAUACGAUAGGGGUCACAUGGUUCCAGCAGCCGAUGCCAAGUCGUCUCAAACAGCAAUGGACGAGACUUUUUACCUGACCAAUAUAGCUCCCCAAGUAGGCGAAGGAUUCAAUCGCGAUUAUUGGGCUCAUUUCGAAGACUUUACAAGGAGAUUGACUGGCAGAUUCGCUGACGUGUACGUCUUCACGGUGCCGCUGUACCUACCACGCAAGGAUCUAGAUGGAAAGUAUCGGGUGACCUACGAAGUGAUUGGAGAACCUCCAAACGUUGCUGUGCCCACCCACUUUGCCAAGGUGAUACUGGCGAGUGGUCUGCCUGUCCCGGCACGGACGCAGAGCGCUCCAGCCGCCUUGCCAGCUCCCUCAAGUCCAAGCCCGUGGGUGCCAUCACCUACUAAUCUCACAGCAUCUUUCGUAUCAGGCAGGGGCCCAACGCUGCUUGGAGCUUUCGUUCUUCCCAACGCCAUCAUUCCAAACGAAGUUCCACUCCGGAACUUCAUCGUGCCAGUCGAGAGCGUCGAAAAAGCUUCAGGGGUCAAUUUCUUCCCGGAUCACAUCAAACAGGUCUCCAAGGCUUUGUGCGACGGGACGGACUGCAGCAUCAUCGUGCGAGAGUUCAAGGACAGAAGCUCAAGCAGGCCGUCAUCCCCUUCGCCGCUUCCCGCAGGUCGCCCGAGGUAG